GUUAGAAAGAGUCUCUUUCGGCCUACUGACGCGAAGAGAAGGGGUUCAAUUAGACCAGCUGGGCCCCACCUCUCUCACUCACAGCCGUCUCUUUCCACCUCUUCCAAAUUGCAGAAGGCUUUCUUUAGAAAUAACAAUGGCUCAUGGUUAUCCUUACUUCGAGCCUGACUUUGUGCAUCCCUCAGAAUACAUCCCUCCACUCGAGGUUUGUAUUGAUAAUGAAACGUCCGAUGAUGUUACUCUUAUCAAGGUCAAUGGUGCAAACAAUCACAACAUUCUUCUUAAAGUAGUUCAAAUUUUAAGUGAUUUGGAUCUUAUCAUCUCCAAAUCAUACAUUUCAUCCGAUGGUGAUUGGUUCAUGCAUGUCUUCCAUGUCACUAAUCAACAUGGUCAUAAACUCAAUGACCCUACCCUUGUAUGCUACUUACAACAUUCUCUCAAUAUUACCCAAAAGGAAGAUGGACCUUCAGACCCACCGCAUGUAAAAAUCAGUCAUGGGAGGAUAGUGAAUUUUAAUCAUUUUGCUACCACUGCCCUUGAACUUUGUUUCCUUGAUCGCCCCAACAUUUUCUCUGAGGUCGUCGAUGUGCUUUCCAAGUACUCUUAUGUAAUUGACUCCGGUGAGCUCUGGACUCACAAUGGUCGUGUCGCUUGUAUCAUUUAUAUAAAGGAACAUGACACAAAUUUACCCAUAUUUGAUCAAGAACGUUUUGACUAUUUGGGAGAUUACCUAGCAAGUUUGAUGAAAACACAUCACUUUCUUAAAGAGCUAUGGGAGGUGAGACUACGAAAUCCUUUAGCAUGUCGGAUCCACACAGAGCGGCGACUACACCAGCUAUUGCAAGAAUAUAAAGAUUAUGAGAUAGCCGACAAAGAUAAUACAACAGAAUGUCCAUCUCAGGUAUCAAUUGAGAGCUGGAAGGAGAGAGAUUGUUUGGUUGUUAAUGUGAAGAGUAAGGAUAGACCCAAGCUAAUGUAUGAUACAUUAUGUGCCCUCACGAAUUUAAACUAUGAAGUGUUUCAAGGCUUUACUAGCACCAAAGACUCAGUGGCAGUUCAGGAAUACUUUGUGCGGCGGGUGAAUGGGCACACAAUGCUUGAUGAGGUGGAGAAAAAGAAUAUGUUUCAAAAUUUGGUAGCAGCCAUUGAGCGAAGAGUGUCUCAAGGGCUAAAGAUGAAGGUGCGCACAUUUGAUCGACACGGUUUGCUUGCACUCAUUACCAGAGAAUUAAGAGAGAAUAGUCUUUCAUUAAAGACAACACAGUUCUCUAAAGAUGAUUGUUUGGCUAUCGGCACUUUUCACAUUACUGACGACUCAUCGUCGAUCAAUGCUGACGUUAUUGAUCAACGAAGACUAGACACUGUUUGCGAUAAGAUCGGUGCAGACGUUUACUUUGAAAGAAAGACUGAUUGCAACAUUAGCUCAGUGGAUCGCAGUAGAUGGAGUUUGUUUUCUAAGUUCUACUCUUUGGGGAAGUGUUUGUGGUCCCACAUCAAGAGUUUCUUCAGAAAAUUUAGUUUCAUUCGAUAAUUUUUUUUUCUCUCUCAUUAUUUCUUGAGCGAAGAUCAGUUGUAGCAGUUUGUUUAUUCUAUUCGGCAAUUACCAAAACACAUAAAUCUUUU